AGAAUCCUUUGUCAUUGUGUUUGCUGUUCACAUCGCUUCACGGGCACUUGGGUUUCUGCUGCUGCAGAAGGGACUUCUCUCUGUUGCUUCAUCUGUUUUAUUGUCUUUUCACUACAGCGACUCUUGAAGCAAUUUACCCAAUUCACUCUUGAUCUUGACACAACACAAAUCUUACCACAUUGUUGCUCACGUCCAUCUUCACUCAAACCUGCAAUCAAUUUUUGUCGUAUUUCCUGGCUUGGCUGGAAAAGGGCAUCAUUGGACACAUCAUUGGUGGAACGAUCAGUUGGUCGUUUUGAGCAAGGUUCAAGUUGGUGGAUCUUUGGGACGAAAUGACGCCAAAACCCCAGGAGCAAUCCCCGGUGACCAGGAACACGGGACAGAAAACACCUAAGAAACGCAUGCCAAAAGCUCGCCGAGGGGGCAAAAGCGGCGGACAACUCUUUGGUGGUACACAGCGGGACAAGGACAAGGCUACAGGAAACAGAGUACAGGCCGGAUCGAAUUUCACGCCUGUUAAUGCACCAAACCCGAUUACUUUGCCAAGCAAUCCGGAAAUUCUUGACUCAUGGCCCUCAAAGGCAGCCGACGGUUCAACUAAAGCGCCACGAAAAUUUCCCCCAACGGCAAAAAAUACUCCAGUCAAGGCUACAUUUAGGAUCUCGGGCGGCAGCGCCCCUGGAGAUGUCGUGGAAGCGUAUGUUCCAACCCAACGGCAGAAGAGCUAUGAUGAAAUUAAAAAUGCCGACCAAGACAAAGCCCCUAACUACAGUCAUGAUCAACAACUGGUCGGCAUUUACAAUCUCCUCGAUAACAUCGCACAAAGUACGCAAAAGGCUCAUACGCAAAUACUUGAUUUGCGCACCGACCUUCGCGCUGUUGAUGAGUAUACUCGCAAGAUUGAUGGGCUAAGCAUCAAGAUCCGAAGCAGCUUGCAAGAUCUCGAGGAUCGUGAACAUGGCCAGGAAAACCUGUUGGGAUCCGUGAGGGACUCGCUUCGCAAAGUGCUGGCAGAGAAGAAGCAAUCGGUGCACCAGAAAAGCAUAGAGAACAGUGGUGAAGAGAGGAACGCCGCUCAGCUCAAUGAGUCUCAGGCACCUCUUGCACCCGGGCAGGACCCUCGGCAACCCAGAGCCGAUAUGUUCGAAGACGACAAUUCAUUUACUAUUCCAGGGGACUCUAUGCUCCUAGAUGGAGAGGAGACUUUGGAUGAAGAGGCGACUCUUGAAAAAGUGCCAGCUGGCCGACCGCUGGACGAACAUGCGAGGCAAGGAACAUUGGAUAGUACGAUUUCAAAUGGACGGUCAAGGCCAGCUGUGAAGGAAGCUGAGGAUUCAGGUGACAGUCUGUACCGCCUCAGCGAGGAUGUGAUGGACCGCCCAAACAGGCAUCCGGGAGUUGUUCCCUCGUCCCUUCGUCCUUCCCCCGACGAUUUUGAUCUUGCCACUCUGCCCGCCGGUGGAGGCGAUGGCCUCGGUCAUGAACCGGCCAGCAGUGUCACGGGUGACAAGCGCUACACUCGCGCAAUAGAGGCUAUGGAAGACGUGCAGGACGAGUUUGCUGCUCUUCCCCGUGCGCUUGACAUUCGCCUCCCACCGUCUCCUGUCGUGUUUCCCGACAACUUUAUCAAUUCCGCUCUUUUUGGCAUCUCUCGCAAUGACGAACACGGCACUACAUUUGCCAAGGUUAGCCGGGAGAUGCAGACUCAACAAGUCUUUCUCUGUCCAGAGGUUAUCAAAAUCGAUCCAGACAUUCACGAAUAUGCUCCACUCCCAGGAUACAAUGGAGCCUUGACUUUGGUUGACGAACAAGAUGGCCAAGGCGAAGUUGGUGAGAGAUAUCCCGUCUUCCGCCGGAAACCAUUACCAAGUGGCAAACAUGGUCGCCCUCGGGGUCUUGGCUGGGAGUAUGCGGGCGAGUACAAAAUCGCCCGACGCAAGAUUGUGCCGCUUGAAGUCUGGCAUUUGUGGUCAGAGGUCAGGCGGGAGGACAUUGCUUCUAGAAUGCACGGGUCACCUUGGGGUGAGGAACUGCUCACUCGAAAAAUGCUGGACCGGCCGAACAUGACUGAGGCUGAGAUUAUCUCGUAUUUUGAUCGGAAACGAACCCCACGUUUGCGUAUGAAUUGGACGCUACUGCAGUGUACCGGUUGGAAUCACGAGCACUAUGAUGCGCUUGUCGCUGCACUGCAAGAAUGGGAGGAGAGGCAGGAUCCGGGUACCCAGCGGAGGAAACCUGCUCAGUUCAGUGGAAGUUUAUUUAUCACGACGUCAAGCAGCCAUAGCUCCGAAAACUCAUCGAGCGAGUCUGACGAAGUAAAAGAUGGCCAGGCCAACGCGGGGUUUAACGACGCCAUUUCCGUCAACUCACAGCCAUCUGGUAGCCCCUCUUCAACUCGCAUAAUCCGUAAACUCUUCCCAGACGACGAGGAUGAUGACGAGGAUGAAGAAGACGAAGAAGCCGAUAUUCAUCGUCCCGGCCGUCGUCCUCCCCCUACGGGCGCCACCCAUCAAACCGAAGCUCAAGAGCCAGGUCCCAACAGAACCAUGGGGAAAAGUCAGAGCACGUUGAAGCGUAAUCGCGAAGACUCCUUGUCUGAUUUGGAGUCGUCAUCAAAAGAUCACGACGUACUCAUGCAGAUGAUCUUCGGCGGUAUUCCCCGCAACGAGAAUUCCAACCAACCAGAAAAACGGACCACAAGCACCGGUGGGAACGCGGAACCUGCGCAAAGUACUCCCGGCGCAGUAUCCACCACCAGCGCAACAAAAAAGAAGACUACGAAACGUCCUCGUCUCUCAGGAAUUAUCGACACGAAUGCCGCAAACGCCAAAAGUAUUAAUACAUCCCUGGAAGACCCCAUUAUCAUAUCUCCCCUAUUCAAACCCCCGUCCAGCACGAAAACAACAACGACAGCAACUCCACAUAUCAGCAGUUCCAAGCGUGGAAACGACCCGAACCUGUCUUCUCCUAGUACGCGGAAACAUCCGCCAACGUCGAAGACCACAACGACAUCUCGCGUCUCAGACGUACAUUCUAACACUAACAAGCCUGUGGGGAAUAGCGUCCUGGAACUCUUUGGCGGCAGACUAGCUACCAUGAGUAGCGGCGGUAGCAGUGAAGGUGGUCGUGCUCGACCGCCAACAACAACAACCACUACUAUUUCUAAUCCUGCUACUAUUUCUACUACUAAUCCUACAAUCGCGUUAUACGAGACUGGAACUGCAACCGCGUCUUCAACUGCAACUGACGCAGCGGGUACGGCUGCUGGAUCUACACCCGCUACCCGCCCACCACAUUCACUUCUCCCACCUCGACCAGUACGACCAGUCACGCCCGUACAUCAAACCCCCUUGUCAUCCUCCUCCACCAACAACAACAACCACAAGAAGAACAAACUUGCCCAGGCACGAGGUGGUAUCAAGCUUGAAAACGAUUCUCACUAUAAUGACGUAGGCGUUGAUGGUGCUGGUGAAAAGAAUGAAGUCACUACAUCGUCGCGCGGCAGACGCGUGAAGAAAGUCGACUAUGGGAUCCUGCGGCCCGAAUGGCGAUUCAGUGAUAAUGAGGAUUCGGAUGAGGAUAUUUUGAUUUAGAUGUGUCUCUUCUUCCUUUUUAUCAUUUAACUUCUUAUCUCUUCCUGUACCCCUAUCCCCGUCUUUUGCGUCUUCGUUUCUUUUC